AGAUCACACCCAGUGACUCAUUCUUUAAACCUUGGCUUCCUCUUCCUGCCCGGCUGAACUCUGCCGUUUGGGGGAACUUUCUGUUUCCACCAGAGAGGACAACGUAGUGAAUUGUGCACCCAGCGGCAGCAGCGCCCGGUUAGCUCGGAGUCGCGCACCAACCGCAGCCGCCACCCAGGCCCCGCCCAGAGGCAGCCGCGAGCAAGGCCGCGCCAGGGACGACUGCGGAGCGCGGAAUCUGGGCCUCCAGCCUAGGCGUCAUUUGGAACCUGGGAGUCCCGUGCUCCGACUCCCACCGCCCGAGAUCCAGACGUUUUGCUGUCAACAUCCCUCCCCCCGCCCCCAUCGACUGUGAGCUGGGACCCAGGAGUCCCGUCCACCAAUGGGCGAGUCCCAGCGUAAAUGAGGAUUUGGGGGCCCAGGAGUCGGGGACCUCAGCCCAGCUCUUAAAGCCUAGGGAUCGGCUCUUUCAGGGACCCUGGCCCACAGGCCCCAUCAAACUGACAGGCUCGGUGCCCCCACCCACCGCGACCCAGAUGGCCAAGAUUGCAUCCGGCCUGGAAGAGCCAGACUGCAGCAGGCGACGAGGGGAGGGGGCCGGAAGGGAGAGGGAGAAUUGAGGGAGGUGAUACCGGGGUGGGGACCUGGGCUGGGGGCUCCGUCCAAAACAGACGCCAAACAGACGGGUUGCCAUGGCAACGGCCUUCCCGGGCCUCCCCUGGAGACUGCGCUAGGGCCGAGUCGGGGAGGGCAGCCCCCAGGAGCCCCCACACCGCCAGCUGUUGUAUCUUCCUGUUUUGUCACCACGGCAACAGUGACCUCAGCCCUCCACCCCGCCCCCCCCCCCCCAACCCGGCGGGGCAGGAGAGCCCAGGUCCAUUUUUCCCGGGGAGGGGCGUGGUCUUUUCUCGGCUCCGCCUCAAGGGCGGGCCUGGGAUACCCCUGGCUCAGGGAGUCCCUUUCUCAGCCCUGGCCCCGCGCUCGCGCCGGGUCCCCGGCCCCGCCCCCGCCCCGGCCCCGCCCCCGCCCACCAACCCCACCCAGUUAGCAAACGCUUCCAGUCUGCAGCUGUCGCCUCUGUCUCAGCAGCAGCCGCCACAGCCCGAGAGGUGUCUGACCUAAUCCACCUCCAGAGCCGGAUCUUUCUGCGUCUGGGUCCUCCGCAAAGACUGCUGCCAUGCCGGUGACCGUGACCCGCACGACCGUCACCACCACCAUGUCGUCCUCCUCAGGCCUGGGCUCCCCAACCAUCGUGGGGUCCCCUAGGGCGCUGACCCAGCCCCUGGGCCUCCUCCGCCUGCUGCAGCUGGUGUCCACCUGCGUGGCCUUCUCACUGGUGGCCAGUGUGGGUGCUUGGACGGGGUCCAUGGGUAACUGGUCCAUGUUCACGUGGUGCUUCUGCUUCUCCGUGACCCUCAUCAUCCUCAUAGUCGAGUUGGCCGGGCUCCAGGCCCGCUUCCCCCUGUCCUGGCGAAACUUCCCCAUCACCUACGCCUGCUACGCCGCCCUCUUCUGCCUGUCGGCCUCCAUCAUCUACCCCACCACCUACGUCCAGUUCUUGUCUCACGGCCGCUCCCGGGACCACGCCAUCGCCGCCACCGCCUUCUCCUGCAUCGCCUGCGUGGCUUAUGCCACCGAAGUGGCCUGGACCCGGGCCCGGCCCGGGGAGAUCACCGGAUACAUGGCCACCGUGCCAGGCCUGCUCAAGGUGCUGGAGACCUUCGUGGCCUGUGUCAUCUUUGCCUUCAUCAGCAGCCCGUACCUGUACCAGCACCAGCCGGCGCUGGAGUGGUGCGUGGCCGUGUACUCGAUCUGCUUCAUCCUGGCGGCCGUGGCCAUCCUGCUGAACCUGGGUGACUGCACCAACGUGCUGCCCAUCUCCUUCCCCAGCUUCCUGUCCGGGCUGGCCCUGCUGUCCGUCCUCCUGUAUGCCACCGCCCUGGUUCUCUGGCCACUCUACCAGUUCGACGAGAAGUACGGCGGCCAACCGCGGCGCUCAAGGGAUGUGAACUGCCACGACAGGCACACCUUCUACGUGUGCACCUGGGACCGCCGGCUGGCCGUGGCCAUCCUGACGGCCAUCAACCUGCUGGCUUACGUGGCUGACCUCGUGUACUCGGCCCGCCUGGUUUUUGUUCGGGUGUGAGGCUCCGGCCGGGGGCUCUUGACUCCCCCCUUGUGCCCAGGUUCUCAUUUCCUCUUCCGGGCUCCCUGUCUUCCACAUUUCUCCUGUCCUUCCCAAUUCCCCUCGCUCUUUUCCGUUUCUUUCGCUUCUGGGCUCCUCUCUCCUUCCCUUCCUGUUUUGUUUGGUUGCCCGUAUCCUGUUUGGCCCAUUUGCCCUUCUGUUUUCGUGGUCUUCUUUUCUGACCUGUUCUGCCUCUCCCGGCUCUUUUCUGGUCUUCUCAUUUUCUCAUCUGCCUGUGUCUUAGCCACCCCUUCCCAUUUUCUUUCUUCCAAUUUCCUUGGGAGCUCCAAGACUCCUUUCUUCUCUACCCCCACCUCCAAAGGUGCUGAGCUCCACCUGUCCCACACCUGUCUCUGCAGCUGUUAAUACCCCUGGCCUCCCCGAGGGGCCUCAUUGCCAAAGCAUGCCUGCCCGCCCUGGCUGUGCCUUGUUGGUGUGUACGUGUGUGUUUGGGGGAGAGGGGGGGAGGGUAGCUAGGGAUUGGGCUCCCUUUCUCCCAGGGGAGGGGGGUGUACCGUACAGGUCCCCUUUAAGUUAAAAAAAAAAAAAAAGUCUCUGGAGGCCAAAGAUACUCCAGUGGGUAUGACACUUAACCCACAGACAGAACCUGGGUCCCUGGGUCCUGCUCGGCACCCAGCCUCGCCUGAGACUGGCUCCAGAAUUUUUGCCAGGCUUACUAAGAAUCCACUGCCUAGAGGCCAUCUUAAAGGAAGUCAAGGGUGAACGUUUUCCAGCCCGACUGCUCUCUGCGUUAUCGAAAACCCGUCCGAAGUAUUUGUGAGGGGCAGCGAUGUGGCCCUCCAGCCUUAGUGUUAAAAAUAGCCCGUCCUGCCUUUGCUGGGAGAAAAAAAAUGGCCACUGCCUGCCUUAACGGCAAUGCUAGCCUGGGUUUGUUCGUUUUUUUUCUUUUCCUCUUCCUGGUUACGAGGGUAAAACUUACAUUGAGUGGCCCUAUUCUAAAAGGGGAAGUUGCUUUUCAAUUUCUUUUUCUUGGGGGGGGGGGUGCGGGGUUGCUGUUGCCUUAGAGGGAUUGCAUUACUUGGAGUGUGGUGCACACACACAUACACACACACACAGGUGUGUUUCUGUGUGUUAGUCGCUUCCUGUAGCUGCUUCCUUGCUUCUCUGGGACUCACAUGCAUAACGUCAUAUAUAUAAAUGUAUAAAUAUAUAUUUUAUUUUUUUUUUAAUUUCCUGGAGCUUCUGGUCCCCAUGGGUCCCUUCUGUCGACCACAGAGGGAAGACUUGUCCGUUGCCCUAUUCCCACAUCCGUAAUUUUUUUUUUUUUACAUCAAUAUAAAGAUAAAAGAAAAAAAUUGUGCUUGCUUUAUUACUGGGGAGGGCUCCAGGAGAGAGGGCAAGGACUAGAUUCUUAGGACUGGUGGGAAAAGGGGACAACUUUUAUGUUUAUUCUUUUUGUUUUGUUUUGAGAGAGAGUGGGGGGGCGGGGAGCGGGAGAAAGGCAGAAAGAGAGGAAGGCACAGAGUCCAAAGUGGGCUCCAGGCUCCGAGCUGUCAGCACAGAGCCCGACGCGGGCCUCAAACCCACAAACCGUGAGAUCAUGACCUGAGCUUAACCGACUGAGCCACCCAGGCACCCCAGAAGGGGACAACUUUAUCUUUUGAAUCUCCCAACUUACUCUCUCCAACCAGAACUAGUUAGGAUCGAAACGGACAAGAUUUAUCCUUCCUCGGAGUCCAGGAGCACCUCAGAAAUAGUGUCUCCAUCUGAGUGCAAUGUUUCUUCCAAAAUCAACUCUUCAGGUUUCCAAUCUCAGGAACAGGCUCUCACGGCUGAGAAUCCAGGCACUGGUUCUUCCCCGACUUCUGUCAGUGGCUCACCAGACACUGUCUGUCCUUCCUUCAACUGUCCCCUUCUCCAGGCUCCUGACCUAGCUCAGGUAUUUUGUUUCUCCUGAACUAGCAUCUCAGCCUCCCCCUUGACUAGCCCACCCCUAGCCCACCUUGGCCCCAGAGGGAUGCUUCUAGCAUCCAGGUCUGAUACUGCCCUCCCCUGCUCAAAUCCUUCCACAUCCUACUAUCCACUGCCUACAGGUAAUACCAAAGCUCCAGUCUGGGCUUUCAGGAUCUGACCCUGCCUGCGUUCCCAUCAUCAGCUCCUUCUUUCCCUUAGUUCUAGGCUCCCUGACAACUGGUCCACAGAAGACCUCGAUAAAGAGCAAACGAAUUACUCCUA